GAUACCUACGUUUUACGCAAUGGAUGAUGGGGAAGGUGCCAAACACUUUUUUUAUGAUGAAUCCUGCGGAUCUUGCGUUCAAGAGAACCUGUGGCACUCACACGGAAUGGGGAGAUGAGCUAAGGUGAUAGGAAUGCUGUGGGGCUGCAUCGUUUACUAUUGGUGUCAGGUACGUUUUCUAAGAAGAGCAGUGUCUGAGCAUGAGCGGAAGUCGUGCGUUGUGUUCUGUGACCUCUGCGACAAACAGCCGUAAAAAUGCUUUUACCGUCCCUCCGACCCGUAUCACUCAUAGGCAACCGGGUAAACACAGAUAUAGGUCGGCUAAUGAAAGGCAUUCAAAUAAGUAUUACUGCCCAAUUGUAAUCCAAUUACCCUUAGUAAAGAUUGUGGAACCUAGGAAGACGCAAAGGAGGAAUGCUUCCGGGUCGACAUGUGCCCUGAUCUAAGAUGGCGGACGAAGCCACUCGACGUGUUGUAUCGGAGAUCCCGGUUCUGAAAACGAACGCCGGGCCCCGGGAUCGCGAGCUAUGGGUUCAAAGGCUCAAGGAGGAGUAUCAGGCUCUUAUCCGGCGUAAUAGUAUUCCAUCACCAAUAUGUACCACAAUUUGUUCAGCCAUUCCCCAACUGAUGGACCGCCCCUGACUUUCCAAUUCUUUGGCACUACAAAAAGAGUUGCUAUUAAUAUUUUUGUACAGUACGUGGAGAAUAACAAGAAAGCUGACAAUGACUGGUUUCGACUGGAGUCCAACAAGGAAGGGACCCGAUGGUUUGGAAAAUGCUGGUAUAUCCAGGACCUACUUAAGUAUGAGUUUGACCUCGAGUUUGAUAUUCCAAUUACAUAUCCCUCCACUGCACCAGAGAUUGCUGUCCCUGAACUGGAUGGAAAGACGGCAAAGAUGUAUAGGGGUGGCAAAAUAUGCCUAACUGAACACUUCAAACCUUUGUGGGCUAGGAAUGUGCCAAAGUUUGGACUGGCUCAUCUCAUGGCUCUGGGGUUGGGCCCUUGGCUGGCAGUGGAGAUUCCAGACCUGAUCCAGAAGGGGAUAAUCCAACACAAAGAGAAGCAAUGCACCCCUUAAACUUCUGACAUACUUGACUCCUGCUUCCUUUGGCCAUCGCCACCUCUACCCACUCAGCUGAUCAGUAGGCCUUCUCUGCCUUUUGCCAUAAAGUUGUGGUGAUUGGGCCUCUGGGUCAAAUUACUACAAAUAAGCUAUGCCCCUACCAUAUGCUGGGACUCAUGGUCUGGCAUCACUUGGGGACAGGGCUAAGUAUAUUAAGCAGACACUGGGACCAUGAUUCUACCACUUUCCCACUUCUUGGAAAGAAGGGAAAUCUGAAGAGAUGCAACAUGAACAUUUGUGUCAGCUCAUCUGCUGGAAGCAGUAGCUAUGUCUUCCUGGAAUAAAAGCUGCUUCCCCUGG